UACCUGCUGGGGCACACUCUAAUUCAAAGUAAACAGAAAUUGUAUAAUGUAGGUUUUUUUGACGGCAGAAUGGAGCGACGCACAUCUAGGGCUGAGGGGGAGCGAGCGGAGAGGAGAGUGAGGUUCCGCGUGGCGUCGGCGCUCAGCGGUCGCGUGCUGCAGGAGGUGUUCAGAGAGCACGCGCUCGAAGACUCAGCGGACACGGACACCACCGUGAGCUCAGAGCCAGAGCGCUCCACCUCGCCCGGCAUCACGGAGGCAAACAGCCAUUUGAGCGGCCUGAUGGGGCCAGAACCGGAGGACAGCGGCAGCGAACCGGACGAGCUGCUCAUGUACGCUAGUGCAAGCAAGGAGAAGCUUUUCACCGGAAAACGCGUGAACAUCUUCAGUAAGAACGGAACUAUUCGAGGCGUGAGAGAUAAAGUCAGCGCGGGACAGGUGUUGUUUAACAACCUCUCCCAAAUGUAUGGGGAUUCCCUUAUUAUGAACCGGCCUAAAAGACCAUGAGAUUUUGUCUGAAAACAGCCCUGGAUGUCCUGCAGCAGAGGAUGCUGGGUCACAACGUCACCCUGGGUGGAUGUGCAACAGGCUUGAGUGUGUGAAAGUGAUGAUCAGCGGCCAAUGUUUUUUGUUUAUAAGUGCUUCUCGAUAUUUGUGUAUAUUGUAGUUCUGUAAAUAUAUUUAUAUUCUCUUUUUGCAAAAGCAUUUUUGAAAAA